UUUGGUUUUGCGUGGCCCACGGAAAAAUAGUCAUCUGCCGACUACUCUUAGGAUGGUAUAUAUAUCUGAUUCUAUUCCAUCUCGUGUGUAAACUUCACUCAAAUACCCUGGCAUGGCGUCAUAGACUCUUGAGUUCUUCUUUCAUCCUUUCUUGACCACCACACCCACAACGACAGAGAAAUGGUGGGCCACCCCAAAAUUGUUUGCUUCCAAUGUCUACUGCUUGCCUUGUCUGCUAUUGUUGCGGUUUCUGCCGCCUCUCCUCCCCUGGUUGAUCCACAACCGGAGCCUGUAUACGUUCCCGAGCCGGAUCGAAGAGGUACCCUGAAGUUAUUUUGGAACUGCUUCUCCACGUUCAUUUUGUGCGUGUGGACAGCCGUCCAUCCUGAUGUACUCCCCGUCAAGGGCCACAGGUCUAUCAAUUUUUACAAGUUCUUCAUGAUGACCUGGGCUGUGGUGAUCCCGGAACUAGUGGUGUGUAUGGCGGUCGAGCAGCUGCGGCGAGCCAUGAAGAUUCGGGACCUCUGGGAGCAAUCCUUCGAGCAUGAAAAUGAGAAAAAAUACUGGCUUGGACUGACCGGGGCAUUCUUUGUGGUGAUGGGAGGUUAUGUCGUGGAGACCGAAAGCUACAAUCACCAUGUGAACAAGGCUCAUCCCAUUUUACCAUCGAGAAGUUUUUCACGUCAUCUCCGGCGGUCGAAGCCCAUAGCCGAACAGUUCGACUACGCGCCUCUUGUGACAACAGUCGGACCCCUGGGUUUCGAACGCCUGUUGGAAAGUGGAAAAAUUCAAAGACUGAUCCGGGAGGGAACACUACAAAAGCACCAUUUUGACCACACUGUCAUUGGGGAUAAAGGAAACGCGAAUACCAUCAGUAAGCUCCUUGUUACAGUGCAAAUCUUCUGGAUGAUCAUUCAGUCCAUUGGUCGUAAAAUAUCCGGACUCCCGGUCACUCUCCUAGAGGUCCAUGUGCUUAUCCAGAUCAUAUAUUCGAUCGUCGCCUACUGCUGUUGGUGGGCUAAGCCACUGGAUAUCAACCGGCCCAUUCCACUACCGCUCGACACUGAUGACCUGAUGGGACAUGAUCUCACCCAGCCGACAACAGACCAUGAGCGCGACCUCCCCUUUUGUACAGAAUACUACGAACACAGUGAGUGGCUCUAUAUGUUUUUUCGCGCGGCGUACAGUGUCCUUAAAUACCUUCGACGGCCAAUUGAGUUCUGGGCCUCCAUCCUAGCCAUUGUCAACGGUGCUCUCCACCUCCUCGUCUGGAAAGCCUACUUCCCUACCCCGGCAGAACGCAUCAUCUGGCGCAUCUCCGGUGUUGGGCUCGGCGCUUUCCCCAUGAUUGUUUAUUUCAUCAUGUCCUGGAAUGAAGAGUUUGAUAAUUUUUUCAUCAAAAUGUGGUACUACAUGAGAUUUGAGAAAAGAUCGUGGAUCGGGAUGAUGUUCCGAAGCAGUUCGAUGAUGUGGGAGCUCUAUCGCGAGAGCGUAUAUGAUAAGUCGUCGAACCGGAAGGUUCCCAUCUGGCUUCGCUAUUUCCUUCUGGGCAUCUGCACUUUCUCAAUGAUCUUUGGUAAAGGCCCAUAUUUCCCAACAUGGUUAGGUGGUGGCUGCCGUAACGUUGGGGGUGUAAAGCUAUUAUUGCAUCUUGGUCAUUCACUACUCCUGAAUAGGGGUAGUGUCUAUCAAAUCGCGAGGCUCAAACCAUUAGUAUCACGAACCCCACUUUAUAUCUGGAAAAUAAAUGCCUACACUCUCACUCAGCAAUGCUACACUUGGCAUAUGGUCAUCCGGCCCCAGCCGCAGUCAAGGAUAGAACAACCUUAUGCUCUACGAAACAUGACUUGCCCAGGCUAUCCGCAAAGAUUCCCCUUCUACAACGUGCAUACGUGGAACAGCCAAGAAUCACACCGCGGAAACAGGAGUGUGAGAACAUAUCGUCCAGAGGGGUCAGAUAUCGAAUCUACAAUUAUGGACACUCGAGUGAUGCCAAAUCUUGCAACACAGUCGACUCUCAUUCCAGAGCUGGAUAGCUUUUCUCGAUGUGUCGAGUGCAAUUUUUCGGGCCUGCGGGCCUGCUACGCACCAUUGGUAGAUCUGGGUUGGGUCCAAUUUACCCUUCAUCCGGCGCGUCCUCCUACAUUUCUCCAGUUGGCCGUACGCGCCCUAGCCACUCUACAUCUCGGUCAGGAGGAGAACCAGUUGCUUGUCACCAAGAGU